AAAAAAAUCAUAUAAAGUUGAAUUAAACAAAAACAAGAUUUAAACAAAAAAAAAACAUAAAAAUUUGCAUAAAACCAUAAAAAAACUAAAGCUCUCUCGCUCUUUUAGCUUGAACUUACUACAAAAGAAAAGAAAAAAACUAAAGCUUUAGAAAAAUCCACACAAAACUCACCUCUCUCAGACAACAAGUUUGUAUUUGAAAAUAAAUUCACCUCUUUUUCAGGUGCCAACAACAAAAAACUGAGGUUUAUAUGAUUAAGUUUUUUGCAUACAAACUUUUUGUAAUAAAAGAAGAAGAAAAUCGCUGUUCACUCUUUAACUUUUAAAAGAAGUUCGAGAAAUUUUAGUGUGCUGCGUUUGAAAGUGUCAGUGUAAAUGAAACAUUGAUACCGAUCGGAAGGACAAAUUGCAGCUCUUGUUGUGCUCUGUUUUGUGCUUGAAGAUCAAUUUUAACAAAAUUGUUUCGUUUAUAUUUAAAUUCAUAUAAAAAAAUAUAUAAAAUUAAUAUAAAUAUAUAUGAAAACAUAUAAAUAAGUGUGUUAUAACUUUAAAAGAAAUCAGUUUAUAACAAAGUUUUUUCUUAACAAAUACACCCCAGACCACAAAAAAAUAUAAAUAGUUCAAGUGUAAAAUAAGAACCGAAAAUAUUUUUUUCUUAAAAACGAAACUUUUUUGAAAGAAGAAAACAAACAGUUCAAAUAUGGCAAAACUAUUUGUAGUUUUUGCCGUUUUAGCUGUAGCUGCUACCACAGCUUCGGCCUUAAAUUCCGAACGUGUUAAACGUCAAGCCACCACAGAAGAGCCCAAGAAAGAAGAAUCUUUCGAAAAGGAAUUGUGUAAAGAUAAAGAUGCCGGUGAAUGGUUCCGUUUGGUAGCCGGUGAAGGUGAUAAUUGUCGUGAUGUUAUUCAAUGUACCUCAUCGGGUCUCCAAGCUAUUCGUUGCCCUGCUGGUUUGUACUUCGAUAUUGAAAAGCAAACUUGUGAUUGGAAAGAAGCCGUUAAGAAUUGUAAAUUCAAGAAUAAGGAACGUCGUGUCAAGCCUUUGUUGCACACCGAUGAACCCUUGUGUCAAGAUGGUUUCUUAGCUUGCGGUGAUGGUAACUGUAUCGAACGUGGUCUAUUCUGUAACGGUGAAAAGGAUUGUUCAGAUGGUUCUGAUGAAAAUACUUGUGAUAUUGAUAACGAUCCUAACCGUGCCCCACCUUGUGAUCCUGCUGUUUGUGUUUUGCCCGAUUGUUUCUGUUCUGAAGAUGGUACCGCCAUUCCCGGUGACUUGCCCGCCAAGGAUGUUCCUAUGAUGAUUACCAUUACUUUCGAUGAUGCCAUUAACAAUAACAACAUUGAAUUGUACAAGGAAAUCUUCAAGGGCCGUAAGAAUCCCAACGGUUGUGACAUUAAGGCCACUUACUUUAUUUCUCACAAAUACACCAACUACUCGGCUGUUCAAGAAACCCAUCGUAAGGGUCAUGAAGUUGCUGUCCACUCAAUUACCCACAAUGACGAAGAACGUUUCUGGUCUAACGCCACCGUCGAUGAUUGGGCCAAGGAAAUGGCUGGCAUGCGUAUCAUUAUGGAAAAAUUCUCCAACAUUACCGAUAACUCCGUUGUAGGUGUACGUGCUCCUUACUUGCGUGUCGGUGGCAACAAUCAAUUCACCAUGAUGGAAGAACAAGCUUUCUUAUACGAUUCCACCAUCACCGCUCCCCUAUCCAAUCCACCACUAUGGCCCUAUACCAUGUACUUCCGUAUGCCUCAUCGUUGUCACGGUAACUUGCAAAGCUGUCCCACUCGUUCUCAUGCUGUCUGGGAAAUGGUCAUGAAUGAAUUGGAUCGUCGUGAAGAUCCUGCCAAUGAUGAAUACUUGCCUGGUUGUGCUAUGGUUGAUUCUUGCUCCAACAUCUUGACUGGUGAUCAAUUCUAUAACUUCUUGAACCACAAUUUCGAUCGUCAUUAUGAUCAAAAUCGUGCUCCUCUUGGUUUGUACUUCCAUGCCGCCUGGUUAAAGAACAAUCCCGAAUUCUUGGAUGCUUUCUUGUACUGGAUCGAUGAAAUUUUGGCCAAUCACAAUGAUGUCUACUUUGUCACCAUGACUCAAGUUAUUCAAUGGAUGCAGAAUCCUCGCACUAUCAGUGAAGUCAAGAACUUCGAACCCUGGAGGGAGAAGUGUACCGUUGAAGGCAAGCCUUCUUGCUGGGUACCCAAUACCUGCAAGUUGACUUCCAAGGAAAUUCCCGGAGAAACCAUUAAUCUCCAGACCUGCGUAAGAUGUCCCAACAAUUACCCCUGGGUUAACGAUCCUACCGGUGAUGGUUUCUUCUAAGUCAAUUAAACACAAAACCAACAACAAAGCCUUAAACUUUAAACUUUAAGCACAAAAAUUUCUCUAACUUAAUAACUACCCCCUCCUACAUUUCCCUCUUUCGUAAUUGUUGAUAUUAUAUUCGGUUCCAUUCUAUUGUUUCCUUUUAACAGCAAUU